GAUGACCUUGCUUCAAAUUCUCUGCAUGGGUACGGAAUACAAGUUUUUAUUAUGGAUUACUUAUUCUCGAAUUACAUCAUCAACUACAUUCCUAAUAUCGUGAAAUCCAAUUUUGGAUGUCUGCGCUGCCUAAAAGCUCGGCAACUCAUUUAAGCAAGCUACAAGCUUAUAGUUUGCUAGCCGUUAACCAGCUACUGCUAUUAACUGGCUUUUAGUGUACCAAUUCCCAUCCAGCUUGCAGCUUGCAGCUUGUUUUUAGCCUCCUUCGUCAUCGAUGUUAGAGCUACCCGGCGCAGACAUUUUAGCUUCUUAGCUUAACUUUGGAUAGCACUAUCUACUUCUCCUCUCACUACAUAACCAAUAAUUGCCAUCUUCUAGCUCACAGGUACGCUCUGGUAAGACGCAGACGUCAGUUGUGCUUCUUAUAGUCAGGACCAGGACCAGGACCCAAUACAAAUGAUGAUUUCUUAUCCACUUCGCUCUUAUGUCAUUAUCAACUAGACGACGCUUUCCAUUAUGCUGCAUCUGUUCGUAUUAAACGAUGCCCAAAACCAUCGCGCGUCUGCGCAGCUCUCGUCGUGCUCCUUCGCUGAAAGAUAGCGAUAUUGAUCACGAAAUUAGUCUGGUCGACCGCACAGCACUGAUCGAAGAACCUCGGUCUCCUACCCCCGAAACGGCCGACAAUAUCGACUCAUCUAUUCCAGACCAACGGUUAAUUUCAUCCGAUAGUAGAGCUCCGUCUACCCAGCCUCCUGAAGUAGGAGAUGUUCAACUAAAAAACAGUGGCCCCGACGAGGCAGGUCCCUCGGGCAAACGUGAUACGUCACAAGCUUCUGCACAAGAUGCCAACGGCUCGGUGAUCGGGAAAAGGCCCAUCUCGAAAGAGAAUGGCCUUAAGAAGACUCUUAGCAAAAACAAGCCCCGCCCGCGUCCGUCUAAACAGGUUGAAACAGCAAUUGAUAUACUGUAUGAGAACCAGCGUGGGGCUUUCGUUUGUGGCACCCCUCUAUUUUCUUCCGCGGCGUUGGGCAACUUAGAUCCUCCACCUUGGACCAACUUUGCCCACAAGCCGAGCCCGACAGACAUACAUACAGCCCAAGUGCCGGACCCGAGCUGGGAAUGGGCCUGGCCCGAGUGGCGCAUAAAUCGGGACGAGACUAGACAGACCGACAGUGACGGCUGGGAAUACUCGUUUAUGUUUUCUAAGAAAUUCUCAUGGCAUGGCCCUAAGUGCUACAAUUCAUUCGUGCGGAGGAGAGCGUGGAUCAGAAGGCGAAUAAAAAAGCGCCACGGAUAUCAGAUGAACGACCCGCACAUGUACCAUGAGUAUUUCUCAAUAACUCCCGCGAGAAUCGAGUUAGGACGAACGAGCGUCAAUCAGAUGGCAGCUCGAAUUUUCCGGAAAUCGAGAGGUACUAGGCGGGAUGAAGAUGAUGCAAUAGCUAUGGUGGACAUAACGACAACUGACGAGCUGAUGCUGAUUUUGAGGUGGUCCCGCAUCGACCGAGAGAAGCUCGAGGCCAUAGAAAACUACAUUGAGCAUUGCACAGAUGAUUUGCAGAAAUUGCAAGACUACAUGCACAAAAUUAUGUCUUUGUUUGUGUUCCAGACAUCCCGGAAGCUUCUCUUAGCACGGCUCAUACAACUUCACGACGACCAGGUGGAUACAGGACAGAAAGGGAAGUCUCUCGCUACGCAACGAAAGGCCGAAAACCUGGCCGCGGCUAUUAAGCACGCCGACGAGGAGGUCCGAAGGCUGGAAUAUUGGAGCGACAUCAAAGCGAUGGCAAAGAGUGGCAAGUCUAGAGGUGCUGUGGACUGCGGGAAGGGAUGGGAUCGCGACUGGGCAGGCCUCGACAAGAGUGGCCCAAGGGGUAUUAGGAAGGACGACGAGCUUCCGUAAUAGGCUUCAUCUGCUUUAUCAUAAACAUGCCACAGCGUUAUGCAUGGGGUUCGGGAGCAAACGGUUUUUUAUCUGGGAUAUUAUUCGUAAGGUGUUAUCGGUUGGGCGGUUGAUAAACGAUGUCGUACUACAUAAUAUAUCGAAAUAAGCCCCGACGAACUAUCGUCUAUUAUUUGAGGUUUUUGGCGGCUUAUUAAUUCGAAGGCUAGCUGCUUGCCUAGGGGGCUUGGCUUAUCUGCUUCGAAAAGGGCGCCAAUGUAUUAUGUGGUGCUAUCCCCGAACCACGAGGUCAGUAAAUAAUAUCAAGUAAUAUAAAUAAUAAAUAAGGAGGCGAAUAUAAAUACAUAAAUACCGGAUAGCUACACGCAACCACGUCAUAUAUUACAACCUUGUGGCUGCAGUGAUUCAAUAAUGGGACGCAGGGAAUUUCAGAUGGCGUUCGAGACCGUCGUAUUUCGGGUUAGGCUGACUUCGCCUCGUAGCUGACACGACCAAAAGCUGCGGGAAUAUGCGUGCUUUGUGUUGCGAUCUAGAUUCCUUGCGGAGAUAA